CUUAAAGAAACAAUCAUAAAUCAAUUCUCAGAAGAAAAAAAAACAUCUGCUAUAAUAUAAACACGUAAUAACUACCGGUAAACGGCGGUUGAAGAAGAAGACUCCGUCAGCUCCGCCGCCGUGAUGACGACGGCGAGACUCUACUGCAGCUUCCCCUGUUUCUUGAUCAUCUGUCAGAUUUUCACGGAAUUCCUUUCGCCGGAAGCCAGGAAGAAGGAUCGCGGCUGCCCGGAACCCGAUUUCGCCUGCGGGAAUCUGGGCAGGGUGGGGUUCCCGUUCUACCCGGGAGCCGCGUGGGCCCACUGCGGCCUGAGCAAGCUGGACUGCUCUGCGACGCCGUACCCGGAGCUGGAUUUGGGCGGCGGGAGAGUGUACGAGGUGGUGGCGAGGGAGAGCCUCUUCCUCAGGGUGGUUGACCGCCGCCUCGAACGGCUUCUUUCCGGCCAGAGCUGCCGGACUUUCUACCAGAACUUCUCGCUCCCGGUUUCGCCCGCCAUAUCGUAUGAGGUUUUUCCCAAUUUGACUUUGUUCAGAUGCCAUUUCAAUCAGCAUGACAAUAGCCAGAACGAGAAUGGGACGAUGAAUGGCCAUUUCAAUGGUUUCCAGAGGUACGACAAAUGCAGCGGUCGCACGGCGGGGGGUUUUGUGGUGUUCUACAAAAAACCGUACGAGGGUCAAAAUUUUGGUUAUGUCGGGGGGCACGGUUUCGUCCCCCCGGCUGGGUGCUCUCGGAUUCAUCUGCCGAUCCCACUGAGCACCGAGAACAUGCCACUUGGCGAAGGCCCCUUUGGUUUGGUAAAUGCGACUUUUUUGCUGGAGUGGAGUUUGUCUGCGGAUUGUAGUGAGUGUCGUGACCGAGGAGGUUUAUGCAUUGUUGAUCGCACCCGUAGGUACCGCUGCUCCAAAGGAAAAGUAGAUUCCGGACUAUUGCUGCAAGCAGUUUUAGGUGUGGCUGCAUUGGUUGUGGGUAUCCUCUUUUGUACAAUAUUGAUUGUGAUGAUUUAUAAGAGAAGGCGUCGUCGUAAAUCUGUAUACGCUAAUUUUUCGAGAAGCAAGUCGUCGGAGGGGAGUCGAAAGGACUAUGGAGUUCCCAUCUUCACCCACAAGGAGCUUGAGAAGGCCACAAACCAUUUUGCUUCCUCUAGAGAACUUGGAAAUGGAGGUUUUGGGACUGUUUACUAUGGGAAACUGCCGGACGGAAGAGAGGUGGCGGUGAAGUAUCUCUUCGGCCAUAGUCACAAGAGAAAGGAGCAAUUUGUGAAUGAGAUUGAGAUCCUUGCCCGAAUGAGGCACCCGAAUCUCGUCACCUUGUACGGGUGCACGUCGAAGCACGGUCCCGAACUCCUCCUCGUCUACGAGUACGUCCCCAACGGCACGCUCUCGGAUCACCUCCACGGGAAAUGUUCGAACGGUACUCGUCGUUUGCAAUGGCAAACCCGAAUGGACAUCGCGGUGGAAACAGCGAGAGCGUUGGCCUACCUCCACGCUUCCGGCAUUAUCCACCGCGAUGUCAAGACCUCUAACAUCCUCCUAACCAACAACUUCUCGGUGAAAGUUGCGGAUUUCGGGCUCUCGAGGCUCUUCCCGAGUGACGUCACGCAUGUCUCGACUGGGCCGCAGGGCACCCCGGGGUACGUGGACCCCGAGUACCACAAGUGUUACCAUCUCACAGACAAGAGCGACGUGUACAGCUUCGGGGUCGUUCUCAUCGAGCUCAUAUCUUCCAAGCCUGCAGUGGACGUGAACAGGAAUAGCGAUGAGAUCAAUCUCGCGGACUUGGCGAUGAAACGGAUUUUGGGCGGGGAAGUGAACGAGUUGGUGGACCGGUCUUUCGGAUUUGAAUCAGAUGAUUCGGUCAGAAAGACAACGAGUUCGGUUGCAGCGUUGGGUUUCCAAUGUCUGCAACCAAACAAGGAAAUGAGGCCUACAAUGGCGGAAGUUCUACAAAGAUUGGUCGAGAUUCGAAAGGAAAAGGAGACGACGACGACGACAACAACAACAACAACAUUAAGUGUGGAGAUUAUUACUCAUUCUCUUGAAUCAGAGAAGGCUUUGAAUUCUCCCAUUUCUGUGAUUCAAAAAUGGGGUAGUAGUAAAUCUAAUAUGGCUCCAAGCACAAGUAGCAUUGACUAAGAGGGUGUUUGGACUUGGUUUUAAAAAUGGUUCUCACUUAUAUACUCCUUUCGUCUCAAAAAAGCCUUUUACGUUUCUAAAAAAUCUUCUUCCCAAAAGUCCUUUCCAUUUUUAUUAAAAAUCCACUUUUGCCCGUUACAUUUCCAUAACCUACCUAUCACAUCAUACUUUUUUUAAAAUAAUCUACACAUCACAUCAUACUUUUACCAAUCAAAUCAAAGACAUUUU